AUGCCCCUUCUGACCCAACAGAUCCAAGACGAGGAUGAUCAGUACAGCCUUGUGGCCAGCCUUGACAACGUUAGGAAUCUCUCCACUAUCUUGAAAGCUAUUCAUUUCCGAGAACAUGCCACGUGUUUCGCAACUAAAAAUGGUAUCAAAGUAACAGUGGAAAAUGCAAAGUGUGUGCAAGCAAAUGCUUUUAUUCAGGCUGGAAUAUUUCAGGAGUUUAAAGUUCAGGAAGAGUCUGUUACUUUUCGAAUUAAUUUAACUGUCCUUUUAGACUGUUUAUCUAUUUUUGGAUCAAGUCCUAUGCCAGGGACUUUAACUGCACUUCGGAUGUGUUACCAAGGUUAUGGUUACCCUUUGAUGCUGUUCCUGGAAGAAGGAGGAGUGGUGACAGUCUGCAAAAUCAAUACACAGGAACCUGAGGAGACCCUGGACUUUGAUUUCUGCAGCACCAAUGUUAUUAAUAAAAUUAUUCUGCAGUCAGAGGGGCUCCGUGAAGCAUUUUCUGAAUUGGAUAUGACGAGUGAAGUCCUACAAAUUACCAUGUCUCCUGACAAGCCUUAUUUCAGGUUAUCUACUUUUGGAAAUGCAGGAAGUUCCCACCUUGACUAUCCCAAAGAUUCUGAUUUGAUGGAAGCAUUUCAUUGUAAUCAGACCCAAGUCAACAGAUACAAGAUUUCCUUACUGAAACCCUCUACAAAGGCAUUAGUCCUAUCUUGUAAGGUAUCUAUUCGGACAGAUAACAGAGGCUUCCUUUCAUUACAGUAUAUGAUUAGAAAUGAAGAUGGACAAAUAUGUUUUGUGGAAUAUUACUGCUGCCCUGAUGAAGAAGUUCCUGAAUCUGAGUCUUGAGGUCUCACUUUCUCAUCCAGGCUGGAGUGCAGUGGCACAAUCUCGGCUCACUGCAGCCUCGACCUCCUGGGCUCAAGCAAUCUGCCUUCCUCUGCCUCCCAGAGUGCUAGGAUUACAGGCAAUGAGCCACCACACUUGGCCCCUUAUCAUUUUCUUAAUAACCUUUGCCUUUCUCUAGUUUACUUAUUGUAAGAAUAUAUUAUAUACUAUACAUAUAACAUACAAAAUAUGUGUUAAUCAACUGUUUAUCUUAUCAGUAAGGCUCCCAUUAACAGUAGGCUAUUAGCAGUUAAGUUUUGGGGGAAUCCAAAGUUAUACAAAGACUUUUGACUGCACAAGGCAUUGGCAGCCCUAGCCCCUGCAUUGUUCAGUGGUCAACUGUAGUACAUGAAAGUGUUCACCAAUAAACUCCUUAGGUAUCGCAGAAUUUUUUAAAAAGUCAGAACUGAAAGGAAUAGAGUUAGAAAAAGGGAAAUGGAAGGUAAUGGAGUUCCAGUGACACAAAAAACUAACUUAAAGCAUGUGACUAAAAGAUUUCUUUCCCCCAAGUCAUAGAUCAGGAUCCUAGUUGGGUUGGUUGGUUUGUUUUUUGUUUGUUUUUUUUGAGACGGAGUCUCUCUCUGUCGCCAGGCUGGAGUGCAGUGGCACGAUCCCAGUUCACUGCAACCUCCGACUCCUGGUUCAAGUGAUUCUUCUGCCUCAGCCUCCCGAGUAGCUAGGUUUACAGGCAUGUGUCACCACGCCCAGCUAAUUUUUUUUGUAUUUUUAGUAGAGAUGGGGUUUCACCGUGUUGACCAGGAUGGUCUCAAUCUCCUGACUUCAUGAUUGGCCUGCCUCGGCCUCCCAAAGUGCUGGGAUUAUAGGCGUGAGCCACCACGCCCAGCCAGGAUCCUAGUUUCUAAUGGCUCUUGGGUAUUUCACCUGGAAUGCUGCUGCUAAGUGGACCUUUUUUUUCCCAGAGUCCUUAAUAAAAAACCGUUGUUUUAGAUCUGCC